GUGGUGGUUUUUGAUGAAAUUGAUUGAAAAAGCAGCUACAAAUUGUACACGCUUUACCGCAGAUUUUGAUUGUAAACAACUGACCACGCAUGCGCGUCACUUAAAAUCUGCUACUAUUCAUAACAUCGGAAACCUUCGGUAAUUUCCGUAAUUGAGAAUCUGUCUGGUGUAUGCCAGUACGAGUUAUCUCCCUUAUCACGAGGUUGAAAUAAAACAAAACUGAUCAUCGCUAAAAUCAUUUAUAUUUACAACAUAAAUUAGCCUUUUUCUUUAAUUAUUUAUUGAUUGUUUUACAGGACUGAUUUUAACAAUAUAUGUACACGGAGAGAGUGUGAAAUGGGUUGAGAUGUCAAAUCACAGGAACACAGUCCACAGGGCAGAUUAUAACGUCACAACAACCCCAACAAACGUCGGCUGUAUAGCACUGUGUACCUCCACACCAGACUGCUCCUACGUCACCUACACCGACGACACAUCCACGUGUACACGUCAUCAACAACUUCAGGGUAAACAAGUCCAGCUAAAUAGCAGAGUCUGGAAAAGACAACUCAUUUGUGGUUCACCGUUUUCGUACAAUGAAACAGUUGGAUCUUGUAUCUUUCUCUCCACUGUAAAGCGGAAUUGGCAGGACGCCAAAGUAGACUGCGAGUCACGAAGUAGCCGUCUUCUUGUCACCGACACGAUGGAUAAAUUCAAUGGAGUAAAAACUUCAUUUAUACAAUACUGGCAUAUUUGGGUAGGUGGGUACCCGCGGACGUCGGAUGGAAAAUGGGUGUGGCUAACAGGGGAGUUGAUCGACAUGACCAUGUUUCACCCCGGACAACCAAGUGGAGGACCUGGUCGUUUGGGCUUCUGGAAAGAGGCAGGCAUUCUAAAACUAGAUGAUAUCUCCCCGGAGGAAGCCCAUGAAUAUAUAUGUGAAUUGUUAUAAACAAUGUUAUAAUAUGUGUUUCACUGUACUUACGUGGUAUGUUGAAAGUAACUUGUUUUUGUGGUGAAGUUGUAACUCUGAUUUAUAUUAAUAUGCUUCAUUGAAAUGAAACUAAUAUGGCUACAUCAGUCUUCAUAUAAAGGGGAAUAACUCCAUUAGAGCAACGAAAGACAACAGACCGCAGUGUCACAUAUGUGACAAAAGUCAAUCAUUUCAAAGUGAUAAUCCGUGUAUCACCA